UACAUCAUUCAAGUUGUAAUAAUUUAUUACCUAUAUUUAUUUAAAAAAGAUUAGAGAUAUAAAUUUUUUAUUUUCAUAUUUGAUUGAGAAAAACAAAGUAGUACAGUUUGGUCAUAAAAAACUAUAGUCAAUAUAAUAAAUCCCUCCCAAUCUCUCCCCUGUUUGCAGAACUGUUAUCAUUAUUUGUGUAAACGUUCAUAACCUGCAUAAAAAAAUACGCGACUUGUUUAUCAUCUGUUAAAAUAAAUAUAAACUUUAUAAAUAAAUAAAAACUUGUUUUAUAAUUAUCAAUAAAAUGUAACGCAAAUUAAUAUUUACAAAUUUCGUUAUCAAUAAACAAAUAAAUUAAUUGAAGAGAAGCAAACAUCAAACAGACCUUGAAGAGAGUAUAACAAAGGAAAAUUUUGUGUUGAAUAAUAAAAAAAAAAAAAUAAACAUACAAGCUAAAAAUGGCAGCUGACGUGUUGAUAUCAUUUUUGCCCUGUGAAGUUAUUGAAUACAUAUUAAUAAAUGAUAAUUUAACAGUAAAUGAUUUAAUAAAUUUUGGUAAAACUUGUAAAUUAUUUUACAAAACAAUUACAAGUAGUAAUAAAAUAUGGCGUACAAAAUUAUUUAAAAGAUGGCCAAAUUUAAAAGAAAAUUAUGAAAAAAACGAAAUACAUGGUUAUGAAGUUAGAAAUUGGCUUGGUGAAUAUCGAAUUAGUUUAGAAUAUCGUAGAGAAUUAAUGAAAGAACUGUCAUUAAUGUCAUCAUUACACUAUAAAAAACAAGAAUUAUCACAUUCGAAAUUACAAAAUUAUGAUAGAUUAUUUCGACAAGAACUUGGUGCUCCACCUUAUGCUUAUUAUUCAAUAAUUGAUGAAUUAAUAAGUAUCAUUGAUGAAUCACCAUUAACAAGUAAUUUAACACAUAAAUAUUAUGCUUAUAAAGUCAUAAGAUAUAUACGUCAAUGUUAUUUAGCAAAUGAAUGGAAUAAAUUUAUAAAUUUACCUGAAAAUAAACAAACUCUUGAACGUGGUGCAAUAUUAGUAUCACAAUGGAGUCAACCAGAAAAACGUGUAUCUGAUUUAAUUGUUAAAUCACAACUAGAUAAUAUUGCUGAUACAACUAAAAAAUUACUACAUGAUAAAAAUCCAUGUCAUCCAAUAUAUUCAACACCAAUUGAUGUUUUAAAUGAAUGGAAAGAUACAAAUAUAUAUGAUAAUCAAUGGAAUUCAAAUGAUACAAGAGAAAUAAUGACUGUUCUAUGUGAUGUUAUGUUUAAAAAAAUGUUAUUUCAUGGUAAUAGUGAAAUGUAUUAUUCAUCAGUUAAUUCAUUUAUUGAUCAAGUAUUGGAAAAACGUCGUGGUAUACCAAUAACAUUAGCAAUUGUAUUUGAAAGUGUUGCUAGACGUUUAGGUGUACGUUGUGAAGCUGUUAGUUUUCCAUCACAUUUUUUAUUACGUUGGAAAGAAAGUUAUACAUGUGAUAAUCAAGAUGAAUGUGAAAAUUUUUAUAUUGAUGUAUUUAAUGGUGGACAAUUUUUAACUAAAAAUAGUUGUCCAAAAAUAAGUGGUAUAUCAAGAUGUCCAAUUGAAAGACAUAAUGUACAUAAAGCAACAUCAGCUAUUGAAGUUGUACAACGUAUGGCUAAUAAUUUAGAAAUUGCUGGUAGACAAAGAACACAUUUAAAUGGACGUGCAGCACGUUUAAGAUCAGCACUUGAUUUAUUAUAUCUUGUACGUCCAUAUGAUCCAAAUACAAUAUUACAUCUUGCUAGAUUUUAUAUUCUUCAUCAAAUGGAUUUAGCUGAAUUGGUUGUUAUAUUACGUAACAUGGAAAAGAAUCUUGAUUUAGCAUCAAAAGGACAAGUCAAUCAUAUUCUUCGAAUGCUUGAAGAUUAUGAAAAUCACACGAUAGUUAUUAAUGAGGAGGACACUGUACCUAAAAUACAUCCAGAGAAGGUAAAAUAUGCUGUUGGUAUGAUUAUGAGACAUCGUAGCUAUGGUUAUUUAUGUGUUAUAACUGGAUGGGAUGAAAAAUGUGAAGCAACACCAGAUUGGAUGAAUGAAAUGGGCAUUGAUGAAUUAUUAAAUGGUCAAAAUCAACCAUUUUAUCAUCUUUUUGCUGAUGAUGGAUCAAUUCGUUAUGCUGCUGAAGAAAAUUUAACAGUUGCACCAAAUCCUAAUUUGGUUUGUCACGAUGAAAUUGGUAGAUUUUUUUAUAAAUAUUGUAUCACACAUUAUUUGCCAAAUGCUGAGAAACAAAAAGAAUAUCCAACUGAUGAUCAAAUACAUGAUGACUAUUUUCAUAUUUCACUCGAUUUAUAAUUA